AUGGCCGACGUAGAUUCUCUAAACGACCUGUCAGACGCCGAUUGUGAUCCCAGCGCCGUAGAGGCUGAUGCAGAGGAUGAAGAAGCAAACGAAGAGAAUAUUGACCCCUCAAGGAAGAAGAGUAAAAAGAAGAAACGUAAAGCUAAGGAUACGGAGCGGUCAAGUGGUGAUUCUGACAAUCAAGUUCCCGAUGGACGUAUGCACACUUUGCUGAUGGUCCCUGACAAUACCUCGCUGUCACAUUCUGGUAUAGAAGCAGACUCUGAAAGUCAGGGAUCCCAGGACUCCAAGACAGAAGAGCUACCAGCUGAUGCUACUGCAGCUGAUGACAGCAAUGCUUCCAACAUGCAGUCUGCAGAUAUAGAGCUGUCCAACCUGGCACAGAUUCAGACUGCCCUAGAGAAGCUGUCCUUGCCACAGGCAGCUCCAAAAAGCUUUGAUGAAGCUAAGAAGAAAAAGUACCAGUUUUGGGAGACUCAGCCAGUUCCAAAGUUUGAUGAAGAUGUCACAGUUAAUGAGGAGAUUGAAGUAGAUAAACAACCUAAUGAAAUCCGGCAAGAGCCAUUGACCCUCCCAGCUGGAUUCAUGUGGGACACACUGGAUAUAGGCGACCCACUGAUUCUGAAAGAACUCUAUCUCUUGUUGAAUGAGAACUAUGUCGAGGAUGAUGAUAACAUGUUUAGAUUUGACUAUUCUGCAGAAUUUUUACAAUGGGCUCUCCAGCCGCCUGGUUGGUUGAGGGAGUGGCACUGCGGGGUUCGAGUCAUCAAGAGCAAGAAACUUGUAGGAUUUAUUAGUGCUGUCCCAGCUCACAUACGAGUCUAUGAUAGGUUAAAAAAGAUGGUGGAGAUCAAUUUUCUCUGUGUUCACAAGAAACUGCGGGCAAAACGUGUAGCCCCAGUGCUGAUCAAAGAAAUCACUCGGCGUGUACAUCUGCAAGGCUUGUUCCAGGCUGUCUACACCGCAGGUGUGGUGCUGCCCAAACCUGUGGCCUCCUGCAGAUACUGGCACAGAUCUCUGAACCCCAGAAAGCUGAUUGAGGUGAAGUUCUCACAUUUAAGUCGAAACAUGACUAUGCAAAGGACAUUGAAACUGUACAAACUUCCAGAACAACCCAAGACACCAGGCUUCAGAGAGCUGACUCCAGCUGAUGUCCCGGAAGCCUAUUUAUUGCUUUCACAGUUCAUGCAGAGGUACCAGCUUGUUCCAGUGUUCAGUAUAGAGGAGUUUAAGCAUUGGUUUGUGCCCAGACCAGGCAUAGUUUACAGUUAUGUUGUUGAGAGCAAUGGCAAAUUGACUGAUUUUGUCAGCUUCUACUCCCUUCCAUCGACCAUCAUGCACCACCCAGUUCAUAAGUCCCUUCGUGCUGCCUACUCAUUCUACAACGCAAGUACAAAAACUCCAUGGGUCGACCUCAUGCAGGAUACAUUAAUUGUAGCCAAAAAUAUGGGCUUUGAUGUAUUCAACGCUUUAGACCUCAUGGAUAACAGAGAAUUCUUAGAGAAGUUAAAGUUUGGCGUGGGAGAUGGCUUUCUACAAUACUAUUUGUACAACUGGAAAUGCCCUCACAUGGAGACACAUCAGGUUGGCCUAGUUUUACAGUGA